CUCCUCCUCUGGCCCCGAACAUUAGAAGACCCCACCACCAGCAGACCCGACACCAUGCCUAAGAACAGCAAAGUGACCCAGCGCGAACACAGCAAUGAGCCUGUCACCGAGUCCGUGGCCGACCUGCUGGCUCUGGAGCAGCCUAUGGAUUACAAGAGCAGUCAGAUGAGCAUGGGUCUGAGCCCAGGGGCCAUCGCCCCCGGCAAGGGCCUGCUGCCCUCCCCAGACCCGGACGGCGAAGAGGGGAGGCCGGCCUGGAACAACAAGCUGGAGUAUAUCCUGGCCCAGGUGGGCUUCUCUGUGGGCCUGGGGAACGUGUGGCGGUUCCCCUACCUGUGUCAGAAGAACGGUGGAGGUGCCUACCUGGUACCGUACUUCAUCCUCCUCAUCAUCAUCGGCAUCCCUCUCUUCUUCCUGGAGCUGGCGGUGGGCCAGAGAAUCAGGCGUGGAAGCAUCGGGGUGUGGAACUACGUCUACCCACAGCUAGGGGGCAUCGGCGUGUCCAGUCUCAUGGUGUGUGGCUUUGUGGGUCUCUACUACAACGUCAUCAUCGGCUGGAGCAUCUUCUACUUCUUCCAGUCUUUCCAGUACCCACUGCCCUGGGCUGAAUGUCCAAUCAGGAGAAAUGGAACCCAAGCCAUUGUGGAGCCAGAGUGUGAGAAGAGUUCUGCCACUACAUACUUCUGGUACCGCCAGACCCUCAACAUCACCAGCUCCAUCGAUGACACCGGGGGCCUCAACUGGAGGAUGGUCCUGUCUCUGCUGGGCGCCUGGAUUAUCGUCUGUCUGGCCGUCAUCAAGGGCAUCCAGUCAUCCGGCAAGGUCAUGUACUUCAGUUCCCUCUUUCCGUACGUGGUGCUGGCCUGUUUCCUGGUCCGCGGCCUGCUCCUCAAAGGAGCCGUGGACGGCAUCGCUCACAUGUUCACCCCCAAGCUGGAGAAGAUGUUGGAGCCGCAGGUGUGGAGGGAGGCGGCCACACAGGUGUUCUUCGCUCUGGGCCUGGGCUUCGGAGGGGUCAUCGCCUUCUCCAGCUACAACAAGCGAGAUAACAACUGCCAUUUCGACGCAGCGCUGGUCUCCGUCAUCAACUUCGUCACCUCCAUCCUGGCCACACUGGUGGUGUUUGCCGUGCUGGGCUUCAAGGCCAACAUCAUGAACGAGAAGUGUGUCGUGGACAACGCAGAGAAGAUUCUGGGCUACCUGAACACGGGCGUGUUGAGUCGAGAGCUCAUCCCUCCCCACGUCAACUUCUCUCAGUUGUCGUCGUCCGACUACACGGAGAUGUACGGCAUCAUCAAGACCGUGAAGGAGGAUACCUUCAGCCAGCUGGGGUUGGACCCCUGUCUGCUGGAGGACGAGCUCAACAAGUCGGUGCAGGGUACAGGCCUGGCCUUCAUUGCCUUCACAGAGGCUAUGACCCACUUCCCGGGCUCUCCCUUCUGGUCCGUCAUGUUCUUCUUCAUGCUCAUCAACCUGGGCCUGGGCAGCAUGAUAGGCACCAUGACCGGUAUCACCACGCCCAUCCUCGACGCAUUCAAGAUCCGCAAGGAGAUCCUCACUGUGGGCUGCUGUGUCGUGGCCUUCUUCCUGGGUCUGCUCUUCGUCCAGCGCUCAGGGAACUACUUUGUCACCAUGUUUGACGACUACUCAGCCGGCCUCCCGCUCACUGUGGUGGUCAUCCUAGAGAACAUCUCUGUGGCCUGGAUCUACGGCACCAAGAGGUUCAUGCAGGACCUGGAGGACAUGCUGGGCUUCAGGCCUUACAGUUUCUACUUCUACAUGUGGAAGUAUGUGUCCCCCGCCUGCCUCUCUGUGCUCAUUGUUGCCACUGUCAUCGAGAUGGCCGUCAGUCCCGCGGGAUACAACGCCUGGGUGGAGGAACUGGGCGCGGAGCGUUUCAUGAGCUACCCGCCCUGGGCCCUGGGCAUGGCCUAUGCUCUCAUCAUCUCAGCCAUGCUGCCUCUGCCUAUCGUCUUCAUUGCCAGACGCUUCAACCUCAUGUCGGACGGCUCCAACAAGCUGUCCGUCUCCUACCGUAAAGGCAUGAUGAAGGACAUCUCCAACCUGGAGGAGCAGGAUGAGUCUCGCUUCAUCCUCAACAAGAACCCCAGCGAGACGCCCUCCCCCAUGCCCGCCCACCGUGCCUACCUGGGGCCGGGCGGCACCCACGAGAUGACCAACACCAACUAUGGCACAGGCAUCGGGCCCAAGAGCGGGUACCAGAAUAUCACCUCUCCGGAGUCUGAACUAUGAUUUGUCCCCAAUCGAACUUUCAGAUAAACCACCCCCCCACCCCCCCCACCCCGAACCCUACGCAGAAAGAGAGAGAAUUAAAGAGAAAAAGGCAGAGAGUUCCACUGUCACUGCA